AUGUCGUCGGUUUCGCGUAGACUGUGUACUCUGGUUUGGUGUUUGCUCGUGCUGGGCGUAUUAGCUCGGGUUCCGGUGACGGGCGCGCUUCAGUUUUUCCUGAAAAGUGGCCAAAAGAAGUGUUUCAGCGAGGACGUGACCGCGGGGACCCGCGUUCUAGGCGAGUACCUCGUCACUGCCGGCCCAGGUAAACUUGAUGUCGAGCUGGUGGUCACUGGACCUGACGGUAAGGUAAUCUUUCAAAAAGACAACAUCGAUCAGGGAAAGUUCACGUUCGAGAGUCCAGCGGGACCGCAGCGCGGUCAGCACCCGCACGGUAACGUUGGAGAGGCGGACAAAGAGCACCAAGAGUUCGACGAAAACUACGGAGACGUAUGGCCUACCUACAACUACCAGUUUUGCCUUUCGGGAAAAAACGGUGACGGGCCCGAGACGAAACGCAAAAUUACGCUCCACGUCAGUACGGGAGCCGCGGCGAAGGACUACUCAACAGUAGCCAAGGUAGAGCACCUUGAUAACCUGGAAAUCGCCCUGCGGCGCAUGGAAGAUGAAGUGAAGUCCAUUCUGGAAGAACUGGAGCAUAUGCGGGCUCGUGAAGAGGCUAUGCGCUCAAUCAACGAGUCGGUGUCGCGGCGCGUGCUCUGGUACAGCAUCAUCUCUUGCUUGGUUAUGAUCGGAGCAGGUAUCUGGCAGGCACGCUACCUCAACGCUUUCUUCAGGGCAAAGAAACUGAUUUAA